UGAUUAAUGUGCACAUAUGCAAGAUUUGCUGUUUGUGAAACAACAGCAACAGUGAUGCCACUAUUUCGCUUAGCGCCUAUAGCCACACUUAAAAGUUGCCGAAAGCAAGUAAUUUAUUUACCAGCACCAGCGACUUAGCAACAUCUAUGUGCAUAAAUAUUUUUAUUGAUACGCAACACUACUUUUUUAUGCUUGUCAGAUAGAGAAAAUCCAACGCUGUGAGGAAAAAAUUUUUAUGAUUAGAAUUUGUGCAAUUAGUAAUACUUUAGAGUAGUGCAUAUAGUUGAAUAAUUAAUGGAGUCUGAAAUAGAUGGUAUUCCAAUUAAUGAUACUGAUAAAAGUGCGCAAUUAAGUCCUAAAAUUGCUUUAAAUGCGUCUGCUGAGCAGAGUCAGCCCCCAGGUGGCGGCGGAGGUUCACAAAAUGAUGUUAAUACGGAAAGUGAAGUACAAUGGAAUCAAAAUGGUAAUCCUCAAGCAAAACCGAACAAUGUACUACCCCCCUUUCGCGGCCGCGGCGGUGCUAAUAUAUCAUUAAUGCGUGGUGGAGGUCGUGGUGGGUUUAAUAAUUUUGGUUCGCGUCCGAUUGGUAUGGAACAAACAUCCCCAUUAUCUAAUGGUCCGCCUUUGGAGUAUUGGGUAGAAACAAAGACAGAGGAUGGAAAAUCAUAUUACUAUCACGGAGUUACUCGAGAAACUACGUGGACAAAACCUGAUGGUCCAAAUCUUAAAAUAAUAAUGCAAAGCGAACUGGAAGAAAUGAACAGGAAACAGCUUCAAAUGCAGCAACAAAUGCAGCAACCACCAAAUGCCAUGAGUAGUGAAACGAAUACAAAACCCAGAAACGUUUUAAUAUCAGAAAAUGUUGAGCAGAUAAAAGAUUCUAACGCGAAUGUUACAGUUAAUUCAGAAUCACUCAGUAAACAGUCAUUACCAAAUAUGCUUUCCCAACCACCACCAACGCAACAACCAAUUAAUCAGCCACCACCUAAUGUAAAUGUUGCAAACCCAACACCUUUAACGCAGCAGCCACCUCCUGGUUUACACCAGCAACCACCACCAUUUUUUCAACCAGGGAUGCAUCCUCCGAACUUUAAUCAACCACAGUUUGGUAUGCCUCCUCCAGGUUAUGGAGGUUUUCCUGGUGGUCCUGCACCUUGGAAUAUGCCAUGGAAUCAGCACAUCCAUCCAGCUGCUACUCAGGAGAAACCGGCUAAAAAUCUUAUAAUUAAACCAGGUGUAAUUGAUCCAGCAGUAAUUGCACGUGCAGCUGAAUGGUCAGAACAUCGUGCACCUGAUGGUCGUCCAUAUUUUUAUCAUGGAGGUAGAGGUGAAAGUGUUUGGGAUAAACCACAGGCGUUAAGAGACAUGGAAGCUGCACGUAUGGCGGCGCAUUCAGGAGCAGCUCCACAACAGGCUGCGCCACCAAACCCUCAACAUUUACAAGGUAUGCCUCAUAUGAUGCCUAAUCCAUUAAUGCACGUGCCACCAUCUGGUGCAGUUCCAUAUGAUCCAGCAAUGAUGUAUAAUGCAGUUACAACUGCUCCAACUGCAGUUAAAAUAACUGAACCAGUUAAAGUACAAACGCAAACUGCUGUGAUUACACCAACUGAAAAGGAAACGAAAAAGUUAGCAGAAGAAAAACGAAAAAAAGAAGAGGACGCAAAAAAAACUGCAACACCAACAAAACCUGUAGAUAAAUCGAGACCUAUUUGUACCACACCAAUAACUGGUACACCUUGGUGCGUUGUAUGGACUGGUGAUGCACGUGUUUUUUUUUACAAUCCAUCUACUCGCACAUCGGUUUGGGAGAGACCUGAAGAAUUACUGGAUAGAGACGAUGUAGACAAAGCAGUAAGCAAUCCACCGGAACAACUCAAAAAUGUGUUACAGCCUACGAUUGAAAAAUCAAAGAAAGAGGAGCAAGUUGAAAAAAUCAAACAGACUGAAAUUGUAGAACCUGGACUUGAUGAGCAGGAGGAAGAUGAUGAAAUUAUAAAAAUACGUACAGAAUCUGAAUCGAGUGUAGAAGAAGUGCCAACAAAGAAAUCAAAAUUAACAAAACAUUCUAAAAAAGCUGAUGCUAAUGAAGCAGCUGUGGAAGCCGAAGUACGUGCAGCUAAGGAACGUGCAUUGGUACCAUUGGAAACGCGUGUAAAACAAUUUAAAGAAAUGUUGCGCGAAAAAGAUGUUUCUGCAUUUAGUACAUGGGAAAAAGAACUACAUAAAAUUGUAUUUGAUCCACGGUAUUUAUUAUUGACGUCGAAGGAACGGAAACAGGUAUUUGAGAGGUAUGUCAAAGAUCGCGCUGAGGAAGAACGUAAGGAAAAGCGUAAUAAAAUGCGGCAAAAGCGAGAUGACUUCCGCAAAUUAAUGGAAGACGCGAAACUUCAUGGAAAAUCUUCAUUUAGCGACUUUUGUCAACGAUAUGGAAAAGAAGAACGUUAUAGGGCUAUUGAAAAAAUACGUGAAAGGGAGAGUCUUUUUAAUGAAUACAUAGUGGAUGUAAGAAGACGUGAAAAGGAGGAGAAAAUACUUAAAAGAGAGCAGAUACGCAAAGACUUUAUUGACAUGCUGCGAGAACGCUCUGACAUUGAUCGGCAUACACGUUGGCAUGAUAUUAAAAAGAAGUUUGAUUCAGAUUCAAGGUACAGAGUUCUAGACAGUUCUUAUCGUGAGGAAUACUUUUUGGAUUACCUACGUGUGGUUAAAGAUGAAAAACGCAAACAACGAGAACAAAAAGAUCGAGAGAGGGAACGUGAACGUGAAAGAGAACGCGAACGAGAACGUGAUCGUGAACGCCGCAAUAAACAUGACCGAAAAUCUGAUCGUAAAGAUCGCAGCAGAAGUAGGGAAAGAGAUCGAAGUGAUAAGGAGUCUAAGGAAACCAAGGAUAAACAAAUUGAAAAGAAUGGUGUUAAAAAAAAAUUAACAGAAUCGGAUGAGGAAGGGGAACAUCAUGAAAGUGAGCACAAUUCAGCGAGCGAAGAUGAUGAGCAGGAGCGAUUGCAAAAGGAGCGUGAUCGUAAAAUGCGUGCUGAACAAAGCAUACGAGAACGUGAGAAAGAAGUUCAAAGGACACUUGCUGGUCAUUUAAGGGAUCGUGAUAAGGAGAGGGAACAUCAUAAGAGAGAUGAGGCAAUUGGACAAUUUAACGCUUUAUUAACCGAUUUGGUUCGAAAUCCAGAUUUAACGUGGAAGGAGGUUAAACGUCAAUUGCGUAAAGAUCAUCGUUGGGAAUUAAUUGAGUCACUUGAUCGAGACGAUCGCGAAAGAAUUUUUAACGAACAUAUUGAUACACUGAUGAAAAAGAAACGAGAAAAAUUCAGAGAAAUGCUUGAUGAAAUAUCAACGCUUGAGCUGACAAGUUCAUGGAAGGAUAUAAAAAAAUUAGUCAAGGAAGAUCCACGUUAUCUCAAGUAUAAUAACUCGGAUAAAUGUGAACGCGAAUUCAGGGAUUAUAUCAAAGAUAAAUAUUUAAACGCUAAAGUCGCAUUACGCGAACUUCUACAAGAGUGCAAACUUAUUACACAUAAAAGUUUUGAUAUAGUAAAAGAAAAUGGAAAUCAUCUGAAGGAAAUUCAGGAUAUACUAAAAAAUGACAAAAGAUACUUGGUACUAGAUCACAUGUCAGAGGAACGUACAUCUAUUGUCAUAAACUACUUAGAAGAACUACAUAAACGUGGACCACCACCACCACCAACAGCAUCUGAAUCUAGUAGGAGGAACAAAUAAGUUGUUUUUUUUGAUGCCCUAUCAAAUAUUAGAUGUAUUCUUUUAAAUGCUUUUAAAAAUUGAAUUCAAAUACGGAUACAAAAAUGUUCAAGAUUAAGUCAAAGAUAUUUCAACAUCAACAAUUUUAUAACAAUUAAUAAAUUAGUAAAUAAGAGUCAUAUCGUCGUGUUUAUAAACGAUGUCUGAAUAUAUUUGUUAAUACGAUGAAAUCGCUGUUGUAGUAUAACGGGAUGACAGGAGCACAGAAUAAUAUGUAAAAGAAGAGUACAAGGUAAGAGACAGUUCACGACAUUUAGCGAAGGAUUGUGGAUAAAUCUGUAUAUAUUUAUAUUGAGGAAACGUCUCACAAAAAGUUGGGACGACUAAGUAUGAAUAUAAUUAUGAGUGAUUGGUUUUUGAUACUUAGUAAACCUAAGGAAUAUUACUUGAAGUUACCAAAAUUUAAUAGAAGUCAAAAAUAUUCGCAGCGAAAAAAUCAAUGAUAUUCUAAAAUCAAUAGUGAUACUUGGUUUUACUUCCGCUUUAGCAAAAUAUUUUUGCUAUAACAAUCAAUCGUAAAUCAAUCGUUCGUAGAUAUUGUCGUAUAUCAUCAUACUGUUAUGAUAGAAAAAAAAAAUACUUAGACAGAUGUAUUGCGGUAUACUCGGUGUUUUAAAUCUUGGUAGUGUAGUUUCACAAUGUAGUUUCACAAUGUUAUAAGCUUUUCCAUUUCACUACUGGCAGAAUCGUAUAAUUACUGGAACAUACAAUUAUCACACAAAUUUUCUCCCCCUUCCCCUUUGAGGGAUUUCGAGUGAGACUUGGACCUCUACAUGACGAGUGGCUAUCCUUCGAACCAACCAAGUAACCGAUUAUGUCGUUUUCGAUACCAACUUUGAAAUCAACGUAUCAUGAUAUUGUUACAGUAUAAGUUUAAGUUCUGGUUUAUGUCACAAAUAACUUACGUACUGUCUGUCAUUUUAUGCUACACCACAUCUAUCUAUAAAAAUCUUUAUAAUUAUAAAAAAUAGAUGUGGUUUGCAGUUUCACAAAUUUGUUAGAUUUUCUAUUUUGAUACUGAUAGGACUGUAUAAUUCCUGAGAAACAUACAAUAAAGAAUUUUACCAUACAGCUUAUUACUUUGUAACCAAUUGUUGUAUUCGAUACUCUUGUGAAAUAAUUUUAAAAGCAGCAAAUCAUAAUAUCGCUACAGUAUCAGUUUGAGUACUCAGUUAUAUCGCAAUCAUCUAAAGAAUCGCCUGUUAUUAAAUACUGUACCACAUCUAUCAAAGCAAGUCUUUGUUAGUAUGGGGAACAACAACGAAUUAUGUAUAGAUUUACAAUUUUUCACGAAAGUAACUGAAAUCUUUUAUAUCUUAUAUAUUAAUAUAAAUCGUAUACUACAUGCGCACUUUACAAUUGGCGAUAAUAGCACAAUUAAAUAAAGUAACGACUCAAUUAGCAAAAACAACAAAAAUUAAU